AUGCUGGAAUCAAUCGACGGCUUAGGUCUCGGCGGCCCCUCUGUACAGCAGCAGGUGGUUCAACACAGGCCGGACUACGCCAACGAGGCGGUUUUCCGCCGAAAUACUUUGCCGCCGCGGUCUUACUGGAUCCCCAAAACCUCUCUGUCGCUCAACGGUGCCUGGGACUUUCAUUGCGCCAGCAGUCCCCUCGAAGCCGCGGAUUUCGAUCAACGACAAGAAAACUGCUGGACCACCAUCCAAGUGCCGGGCCAUUGGCAACUUCAAGGCCAUGGUCGACCUCAGUAUACUAAUAUUGUCUACCCAUUUCCAGCCUGUCCACCUGAUCUCCCGGACGAGAACCCUACUGGCACAUAUCGGCGGACCUUUUCUGUGCCUCCUGACUGGGACUGUAGUGCUCAAUUACGACUACGGUUCGACGGUGUUGAUAGUGCCUACCAUGUCUGGCUCAAUGAUGACUUUAUCGGAUACGCCCAAGGCAGCCGAAACGCUGCGGAAUUCGACAUAACUGCCGUUGCAAAACGUGGGAAACCCAACAAGCUUCUGGUCCGUGUCUAUCAGUGGUCAGAUGGCUCUUAUAUUGAGGAUCAGGAUCAGUGGUGGCUUUCUGGGAUUUUCCGGGAUGUUCAUCUUUUAGCAGUUCCAACCAUAUGCAGAAUUGACGAUUUUUUCAUUCGAGGCGAUCUCGAUGCCACCUACAAGCAUGGCGCUCUCCACGUUACGGUUGACGUCCACAGCCCCAAAGGCGGGCUUGUUUCCGUUGUCCUGCGUGAAAGGCCCAACCACGGAGGGGAGACUUUAGGCAGUGCUGAGGCUAGCUUUGGAGGAAAUACUACCAGAGUUGACCUCCAUAUACACGUGGACAACCCUAACAAAUGGACGGCCGAGACUCCUUAUUUAUACGAUGUCGAGAUUAUAUUGACAGAGGGCAGCAAAUCGGACCGAGUGGAGCAUACCACCGGCUUUCGAAAGGUCGAGCUCAAGAACGGUUUGCUCACAGUGAACGGAAAAGUCCUCAGAUUCCGUGGUGUCAACCGACAUGACCAUCACCCUCUGUUCGGUCGUGCUGUGCCGCUCGAAUUCGUCCGUCAGGACCUCCUGUUAAUGAAGAGGCACAAUAUCAACGCCGUGCGUUGCUCGCACUAUCCGUCUCACCCUGGCCUCUAUGCACUAGCCGACGAGAUUGGCCUCUGGGUCAUGGACGAGGCGGAUCUGGAAUGUCACGGAUUCUCCGAGGUCGUGGCGACCAACACGGCAGAGUGGGACGGCGGAGAGGUUUCGUACGCACGUUGGAUUGGCGCGGUGUCAAAGGAAGCUAGAAGGUACUUGUCCGACAAUCUGUCGUGGAAGGAGGCAUACGUCGAUCGAGCCGUCCAGAUGGUGCAACGAGACAAGAAUCACGCCAGCGUCAUCAUUUGGUCGCUUGGAAACGAGGCAUUUUGCGGCCAGAACCAUGUUGCAAUGUAUGAGGCUUGCAAACGUCUUGAUCCGAGUCGCUUGGUCCAUUACGAAGGAGACACCAAUAUGGGGACGACGGACAUUUACUCGUACAUGUACGCAGCCGUGGAUGCCCUUGCGGAGAGGGCGUCGACUCGCGACGUCGCUGCGGAUGGCACUUUCACUAAACCAGUGAUAUUGUGCGAGUAUGCGCACGCCAUGGGGAAUGGUCCUGGUCUCCUCGAAGACUACGAAGAGGUCAUUCGCGCGCAUCCACGCAUUCAAGGCGGCUUCGUCUGGGAGUGGGCUAAUCAUGGCCUCUACCAGGUCGGCCCGGACGGCAAACAGUUUUAUGCACACGGCGGGGAUUUCGGCCAGAAGGUCCAUGAUGGCACCUUUGUCAUGGAUGGACUCUGCAAUAGCGCGCAUGAGCCUACACCAGGACUCAUAGAGUUGAAGAAGGUGUAUCAGCCUGUUUCAAUCCAUCUAGUGAAUCAAAACUUGAUUGUCGAGAAUACAUAUGACUUUGUCGACCUUGGACAUUUGGAGGUUACGUUCAAAGUCGAAGAAUUUGGCCAGAGCGCCAAUAUGCUCGUGGACGGCCAGCUUAAAAUUCCUCCUAUCGCUGCAGGUGCAAGACAAGCUGUUCCCCUUCCUGGCACUGUCUUUGAGCAGCAGUCCAAGUUCGAGUUAAUACUCACAGUGACCUUCCGACUGGGUGAAGCUGCGAGCUGGGCUGAGAAGCGGCACGAGGUUGCCUGGUUCCAGCACCAACUUUCGCCAGGGUGCCGUUUUCCGGUUUCCUUGCCCUUGGGAUCUUCCGUGCCAACGAUCUGCAAUAGCAAUUCUACCCUGACAAUCUUUACAGCCAAAUCCACAUUUACCUUCAGCCGAGCACGCGGUCUUCUUAGAUCUUGGACCACUACUUUGGGCCCAAUCAUUCCAGACUCCUCAGGCUACAAGGAGUCUCUGAUCCCUGGUUUCUGGCGACCUCCCACGGAUAAUGACAUGCCUAAAGCUCUUCCCCACUGGCGAUCUUUUGGUGUUGACAAAAUCACAUCUCAGCUGCGCUGCAUGGUGCUGGACCAAAAGACCCACUCCCAUGCCUUCACUUUGACGACGAAGACGUACAUUGCUCCGCAGUCCUUGGGUUGGGGGUGGCAUGCAAUCACCACUUAUCAGAUUCAACCCGACGGCUCUGCGGUGUCAGUCUUCAUUCAUUUAGAGAACCCUGUGGGGACUGUCCCUCAACAUCUUCCUCGGAUGGGAUUCGACCUGGUGUUGGCAAAGACGCUCACCCGGGUGAAGUGGUUUGGCCGUGGCCCCGGGGAGUCGUAUCCGGAUAAGAAAAGCAGUCAGCGCUUUGGUGUCUGGAAAGGCGACGACAUCUCUCAGUUGCAGACACACUAUGACGUUCCACAGGAGAAUGGAAAUCACAUGGACACUCGCUGGUUAGAGUUGGCCACCGGAGGAAAAGGUCCCGUCGUAAGGGUGAGCGGGAUUGACGCCCCGUGUCCAUUUGGACCCACGGCGGCUGUACAAGAUUGGGCAAGUCAACCACACUUAGCGCCGCAGCCCGUUUUCAGCUUUAUGGCGACGAAGCACUCAGCCGACAUGCUCGAGAAGGCUGCGCAUCCCUGUGACCUCGUCGAGGAAGAUGUCACGCUGCUCCGCCUGGACGCGGCAGUCAGUGGUGUAGGAACGGGUGCCUGUGGCCCUGCUACCCGGCAAGAUCAUAUGGUAAAACCAGCUGGAGCCGGCUUUGGGUUCAUAUUAGCAUUAAAAUAA